AUGCCUAUAAACCCAGCACUUUGGCAGGCCAAGGUGGAAGGAUCACUUGAGCCCAGGAGUUCGAGACCAGCCUGGGCAACAUAGAGAGACCUCGUCUCUACCAACAACAAAAUUAGCCAGGCAUGGUGGCCUGUGCCUGUGGUCCUGGCUACUUGGGAGGCUGAGGUGGGAGGAUUGCUUGAGCCCAGUAGGUCAAGGUUGCAGUGAGCUACCUACCAUAGAGCCACUGCACUCCAGCUUGGGCAACAGAGUGAGACCCAGUCUCAAAAAACUAAAUAAUUAAAAUAAAAUAAAAUAAAAAUAUUUGGCUGGGCACAGUGGCUUAUGCCUGUAAUCCCAGCACUUUGGGAGGUCUAGGUGGGCGGAUCACCUGAGGUCAGGGGUUCGAGACCAGCCUGGGCAACGUGGUGAAACCCCAUCUCUACUAAAAAUACAAAAUUAGCCAGGCGUGGUGGCGCUCACCUGUAGUCCCAGCUAUUUGGGAGGCUGAGGCAGGAGAAUUGCUUGAACCGGGGAGGUGGAGGUUGCAGUGAGCUGAGAUCGUGCCAUUGUACUCCAGCCUGGGCAACAAGAGCAAAACUCCAUCUCAAAAAAAUAAAGACUGUGCCAGCAUCGAUCAGGGGUCUGUAGACAAAAAUUCCCCAAGAUUUGAGACUUUAUUGGGGGAAAUAGAUCACUGGCGGGGAAUGAGCCACAGGGCAAAGGAGGAACUGUUGGAACCAGAUGUCCGUCUUGCCGCCUUUUGCUAAAAGUUCCGCACGCCUGCGCGGCGUGGGCGCAUGCAUAGUGUCGUCGGGGCUCUGCGACGUCUGAUUGGCUCUCUACGGCGCACCAUCGAGAGAUGUCAGGCUGAAGGAGAUGAUGAAACUCUGCAAGCCCAAGAACAUGGGGAAAGAGGAGACACAGGAAGCAUUGUCAGUCUCUUACCCGGGUUUGGAGGGCACUGCCCUGCUCAGUCUGGGGGGAUGUGGUGACCCUCAGGAGGACAGCCUCCCCAGCGCCCAGGCCCUGUCCAGGCCCAGGAUGAAGGCUGCCUCAUCCUCAGGCCAGGGACCCCUGCCAGCCAGGCCACCCGCAACGGUGUGGGACGUGAGUGCCGUUGCCCCCGGCGGUCCAGCAGCAGGACAGCCCCCAGCAGCCUGGCCUAGGAGGCUCACCGCAGCCGUCAAGGGAUUCUGGGCCACCCGCCCUUCCUUCUCCACCUUCUACUUCAUCUUUGCCAUUUUUGUGGUGUCCACCAUCUUUCACUGCCACCAGCGCCUGGCUCUGGUGCCUGCGCCCUGGGCAUACUCAGCCCGUGUGGUCCUGGCCCCCAGACACCUCCCCCGGGAGGGCCUGUUCACUAUCAACUCCAAGGGCCGCCUGGGGAACCAGAUGGGUGAGUACGCCACGCUGUACGCCCUGGCCAAGAUGAACGGGCGGCCCGCCUUCAUCCCGGCCCAGAUGCACAGCACCCUGGCCCCCAUCUUCAGAAUCACCCUGCCGGUGCUGCACAGUGCCACGGCCAGCAGGAUCCCCUGGCAGAACUAUCACCUGAACGACUGGAUGGAGGAGGAGUACCGCCACAUCCCGGGGCGCUAUGUCCGCCUCACGGGCUACCCCUGCUCCUGGACCUUCUACCACCACCUCCGCCACGAGAUCCUCCAGGAGUUCACCCUGCACGACCACGUGCGCGAGGAGGCCCAGAAGUUCCUGCGGGGCCUGCAGGCCAAGUGGGCAGGGCAGGAAACCUUCGUGGGGGUCCAUGUGCGUCGGGGGGACUAUGUCCGUGUCAUGCCGCGCGUAUGGAAGGGGGUGCUGGCCGACCGGGGCUACCUGCAGCGGGCCCUGGACUGGUUCCGGGCCCGCUGCCGCCUCCCGGUCUUUGUGGUCACCAGCGAUGACAUGGCCUGGUGCCGGCAGAGCAUCAACAGCUCUCUUGGGGACGUGGUGUUCGCUGGCAAUGGCCUCCAGGGCUCACCUGCCAAAGACUUUGCGCUGCUCACACAGUGCAACCACACCAUCAUCACCGUGGGCACCUUCGGGGUCUGGGCCGCGUACCUCGCGGGCGGGGACACCGUCUACCUGGCCAACUUCACCCUGCCCAACUCCCCUUUCGACGUGGUCUUUAGGCCGCAAGCGGCCUUCCUGCCAGAGUGGGUGGGCCUUGCAGCUGACCUUGGACAGGCUGGACAGAACGGCCUCUAGCCAGCCCUGCCUGUGCCUGGCCCUCAUCCUCUGACCCGAGGGGCAGUGAGUGGGGUGUGCGGGGCAUGGACUCAAGGUCCCUCACGCAGUUUGGAUCCAGGCUUAUCUACUUCAUAGCUGAGUGAGUUUGGACAACUGACUCAACCUCUGUGCCUUAGUAUGUUAACCACAAAAUGCACAAACCACAGAAAUAAACACCAGUAGCAGCUGGUGGGAGCUGAGCAAAUUCGCUUAGAGCCAGUGCCUUAUGACCGUGUGGGAGGCGUCGGCUGCUCACAUGUAUGCAGCACGCCAGGAACAUUGGCAUUGCUUUACGAUGGAAAUGCAGUUUUGCCCUCUCCUUCCUAGCAGCACUGGUAGCACAGGGCCCAGAUAUUUUGCACUCACGUCCUGGAGAGAAGCCAUCCCUGCCCUGAAGGAUAGGGGAACUCGAUUUUCUAGGCAACUAGGAAUUUUGGCUUCGGAGUUAGUGGGCCUUAUCACGAAAGAAUGUGAGGGAAGGGCCGGGUGCAGUGGCUCACGCCUGUAAUCCCAACACUUUGAGAGCUGAGUUGGAGGGGGAUCCCUUGAUCCAGGAGUUCGAGACCAGCCUGAGCAACAUAUUGAAACCUCAUCUCUACAAAAAUUAGCUGUGCCUAGUGGCACACACCCAUGGUCCCAGAUACUCAGGAGGCUGAGGUGGGAGGAUCACCUGAGCCUGGGAGGUUGAGGCUGCAGUGAGCCAUGAUCACACCACUGCACUGCAGCCUGGGCAACAGAGCAAGACCCUGUCUCAAUCAAAUCAAAUAAAUAAAUAAAUAAAUAAAUUGCUUGCAGCUGGUGCCAAGGAAUGGUGGUCUCCCAGUAGAUAGAAAACACCCAAAGCUGGCCAGGCGUGGUGGCUCACGCCUGUAAUCCCAGCACUUGGGGGGCCGAGGUGGGCAGCUCACCUUAGGUCAGGAGUUAAAGACCAGCCUGGCCAACGUGACAAAACCCUGUCUCUACUAAAAAUACCAAAAUUAGGCCGGGCACGGUGGCUCAUGCCUGUAAUCCCAGCACUUUGGGAGGCCAAGGCUGAUGGAUCACGAGUUCAGGAGAUCGAGACCAUCCUGGCUAACGAGGUGAAACCCUGUCUCUACUAAAAAAAAAAAAAAAAAGAAAAGAAAGAAGAGAAAACACCCAAAGCUGGUGAUCAGCAGCUUCCCAAUAAGAUCCCGGGAGUUCGGCGAGUGGGCACAAGCACGUGCACUAAGAGGCAAAAUAGCAGAGUUUGAUUGGCACAUGACCUCCUGGGGACAUUCGGUGAGUAAGGGAAGAAUGCCUCAAGUGAGCACGCGUACAACUCCAGUAAACACACUGCACGUGCUCCCCACCCAGAUGCUGGCAGGCCACCGCCUAAGUGGACAGCCCACCCCAAGGGAGGAACUGGGGAGAAGGGACGCAAGACCCCAGAAGUGUGCCAACAUAUAAAAUCCCAACUCAAAAGGUCAAACUGCACACUUGUCUUUCAUGUCGCCUGCUUA